CCACACGCCCAUCUCUCUCGCAUAUUUGAAGCCUCAUACGUAACCUUCAAGACUCCAGGCGGACGAAAUUCCGAGUCUCAUUCUCCAGAAAAGCCACUGGGCAAGCUCUCCGCCCGCGGAAGCCAAGCCGAAGCCACAACCUCCUCCGUAUCCGCAUUCGGCACCGCCUCUAGAAUAUAUCUACGCGUCGCGGCGCCCUUAUAACCACGACUACGCCCAAUCAAUCCGUACACUGAUUUUCUACUGCUCUCUCUCCAUUCACAAUCAUGUCCUCACCACCACGAACCCCCGCCAGCCGCCCAACCUCACAUCGUCGUCAACCUUCUAGCAUCGACAUUAAUCGCCGCUCCUCAGGUGCAGCAUACAGCCCCGUAACACCCCGUUCAUCACACGGCUUCCAAGACUACGGCGACGUGGGCGGAGAUGGAGGCGGCGAAGGCCUCGGGAGUCUCGCAGACGAACUGGCCGACGCAUGGGACGACGGCGAGGAAGGCGACGGCUACGAAGAGGAGGACCAACCACUCGCCCAGAGCGUCAAUGGCGACGAACCUCACUUGAACGGAGUUAACGGCGUGCCCCGCGACUCCGGCGUCGUGCUCGCGUCGUCGCCGGAGGUUGAGAAGACGCUGAGUCCGGCCCGCGCGUUGCGGAAUAGCAGACAUCGCCGGAAGGAGUCGAUGUAUGAUGGGAGCGAUUACGGGGAUGACUCGGAUCUGGAGACCAGCGAGGGGAUAUCGGCGGGGCUGGAGGCGCGUAUGGCGGCGGUGGAGAGUCUGGCGAGGCGGGGCAUGGAGAUGAAUGGGAGUGCGGCGGAUGGGGUUGUGGGACGGGUGACGGAGCAGCUGAGGGAUUUGGGGAGUCAGGCGGGGGUGGAGAGUGGUGCUACGCGCCUCACAACCGCCCACUCAGCUCUAGGAUCCCACCUCACCCACCAAACCCGCACCCUGACCUCCCUCACCUCCUCACUCCUCUCCCCGCUCGCCAUCACCACCGGCAUGCUCGACCCAGACACCAUCGACGCCCUCCUCCCCCUCAUAACCACAACCCUAGAACUCCUCCCCCAACCCCCCUCCGAACCCCUCUACGCCCUCGCCCAACUGACAAACCAAACUCGCGACCUCCUCCACACACUCUCCUACCUCUCCGACUCGCUGCACAUGAGCCGCCAGGCCACGGGCGUGGCCACACGCCGCCUAAAGAGCGUCCAAGCCGCCGUCGGUGAAUGGCGUAAAGAAGAUGAAGCACGCGAAGAAGGCGUGCGGUUCAUCGAGCGUGGUGAGUGGGAGAAGCGGCUCAGCGAGCGGGAAGCAGAGAAAGUGUGCGCCGGCGUUGUUGGCGGGUUCGAGGAGGUCUGUGGGAUGUGGCGGGCGCGGUUGUGCGAGGGGUUGGGAGUAGCGAGUGCGUGAGCAUGUCUCCAAGAUUUGACUCCGUAUCUUUGCUUCCAAUAAGCAGGCAGGGUAGGAUUCGAGGAUUUGUUCUGUUUUUACGUUCGCGGACGGCGAUGGGUUCUGCGCUGUUUCGCCCGUUUAUGGUCAUGAUCUACAUACCCUACGCAUUUUUUCUUUUGUUUGGGUUGGGAUGGGGUGGGGUUGGGGAUAGGUUGGUAGAGGCGUACUUCGGAGGACUUGGGGCAUCAAUAGGGAUUGGUUUCGACCAGCCGGAAUACAUUUGCAUCAGCGCUGUCGUUUCCCUCUUUUGUAUCGCAGUAGAUAUUAGACGCAUUAUCUCUCGAUCGCAGUACGGUUAGUGGCUUUCAGAAUUAGAUCGUUAUUCACUAUUUUAUCUUCCGU